AUGUCAUCGUCAAAUAAAUCUUCCAGCCAUGCGUUUCUUGGUGCCAUUGACCAAGGGACGUCGAGUAGUAGAUUCUUGAUAUUCAAUUCAGAAAAUCUUGAAUUAGUAACAUAUCAUCAAGAAACAUUAUCUUCGAUAUCUCCAAAACCUGGAUGGGUGGAACAAGAUCCCAUUGAAAUAUUGGAGACAACCAAACUAUCUAUUGGAGUAACGAAUCAACGAGAAACAACCAUUUUGUGGGAUAAAAAUUCUGGAAAACCGUUACAUAACGCUCUUGUAUGGUUAGAUGCUCGUACUCAAGAAACUGUCGAUUUUCUUCUCGAACAAUCCGGAAAGGACAAGGACUGUUUACAGGAUGCUUGUGGUCUACCAAUAUCAACUUAUUUUAGUGCACUUAAAAUUCGUUGGUUAAUUGAUAAUGUUCCGAAUGUUCAAAAAGCCAUUGAACAGAAACGUUGUUUAUUUGGUACCGUUGAUACAUGGCUUUUAUGGAAUUUGAUAUUGAAUGAUCAUGAGCAUGUUCAUGUAACAGAUGUUACAAAUGCUAGUCGAACAAUGUUAAUGAAUAUUCGUAAGCUCACAUGGGAUUCUUAUCUUUGCAAUUGGUUUGGAAUACCAGAACACAUUUUACCAACAAUAAAAUCUUCAUCUGGAAUAUUUGGUUAUAUUUCUGAGGGAGCAUUAAAAGGGAUACCUAUAAGUGCAGUACUUGGAGAUCAGCAAGCUGCUUUAGUCGGUCAAAAGUGUUGGACAAAAGGAUCUGCAAAAAGCACAUAUGGUACUGGUUGUUUUAUAUUGUACAAUACUGGUGAAGAUAUUGCUUAUUCUCGAAAUGGUCUUCUAACAACAGUUGCUUACAAAUGGAAUGAUGAAGAUCCGGUUUAUGCUCUUGAAGGUAGUAUUGCAAUUGCCGGCCAGUGUAUCAAAUGGUUACGAGAUAAUUUGGAAAUUAUACCGGAUGCUAAAAGUACCGGUAAGAAAGUCACUAAAAAAAAAAUAGCAACAUCGGUUGAAGAUGCGGGAGGUGUUUAUUUCGUACCAGCUUUCAGUGGUCUCUUCGCGCCUUAUUGGAGAAGUGAUGCCAGAGGAGUUAUUUGUGGAAUUACGCAAUACACAACUAAAGCCCAUAUCAUUCGUGCUGCACUUGAAGGUAUUUCUUAUCAAACACGCGAGGUGGUCGAUGCAAUGUAUGAUGACAGUCAUGUAAGACUCGCUCGAAUGCAGGUUGACGGCGGUAUGGCUGAAAAUCAGUUAUUUUUACAAAUGCUAGCAAAUAUAGUGGGAAUACCUAUAGCUGUUCCGAGUUUGCGUGAAACAACAGCCUUGGGAGCUGCAUUAGGCGCUGGAAAAGCGAAAGGUAUCGAUAUAUUUACAUUAGAUGAUGAACACAAGUUCCCAAUAACAAUGGAAACCUAUGUACCGCGAAUUACAGGUUCUGUACGUGAUGAUAAUUUUGCUCAAUGGAAAAAAGCUGUUAUCAAAAGUUUUGAGCGUAUUGAACCUCCAAAACAGCCAGUUAAUAAAGGUGUUGAACAGAAUGAAAUUUUUACAUCACAAAGACUUGCUUGGAUGAGUCUUGUCAUUACAAUCGGAGUAUUGGGAUACAUGAUUACUAGAAAAUAA